AUGCUCCCUAAAGAUAGAUUAUAUAUUCUUGGCAUUUCUGGCGGUCCAGAUAGUAUGUUCUUGCUGAAUAAUUUGCGACGAGAAAAGUAUAAAUUCAUCGUUUCUCAUAUCAACUAUAAGAAAAGAAUCGAUAGCGAUCGAGAUGAAAAAAUAGUGAGAGAUUAUUGCCAAAAUUAUUCUCUACCACUCGAAGUUUAUCAAGUAGAAAAUGUUAAUUAUUUUUUAAAAGGUAAUUUUCAGGAUAAGGCUCGUAAAAUCCGUUAUAAUUUUUUUCAAAGAUUAGCCGAAAAAUAUCAAACUAGAUAUAUUGUAGUGGCUCAUCAUUUCGACGACCAUUUGGAAACUUAUCUGCUUCAAAAGCAAAGAAAAGUGCUGAAAGAAAAUGAUGACAAGAUAGUAAUUUAUGGUUUGAAAGAUGAGGAAAUUGACAAAAUAGACUGGAAGAGAGGAGCAGACUUUUCUGACUACCAUGUCAAUAAUUUUCAAUAUCGAAGACCAACUAUUUACUUGUCUGUUAGCACACUUGCAGACCACGAAGUAAGAAAAAAAAAAAUUGAAUUUGAAGGUUCUUCAAAAAGUAGGGAUAUAGAAAUUACCGAAAUCAAACCAUUCAUUAGAGCCGACGUAUUUUCUAAGGAGGGAGUCCCUAAAGGUAUUUUGCUAGUAGGGCCACCUGGAAAUGGUAAAACUUUACUAGCCAAAGCCUUAGCAGGAGAAUGCAAUGUGCCUUUUCUUGCUCGCUCUGGUUCAGAAUUCGAAGAAAUGGUAGUUGGAAUGGGGGCUCGGCGGGUUCGCGAACUUUUUCAUCAAGCUCGAAGUUUUGAACAAGGUUGCAUUAUUUUUAUUGAUGAAAUCGACUCAAUAGGACGGAAAAGAUAUUCUGCCAAUAAUAAUCACACCGAACUUACUUUAAAUCAGUUGCUAAGUGAAUUAGACGGAUUUCAUUCUCGCAAUAAUAUCAUCAUCUUAGCGGCCACUAAUUCCUUGAGAGUUUUAGAUAGCGCUCUUUUGCGCCCUGAGGAAAUUGUCUCCAUGACUCGGGGUUUAAGUGGUGCCCAAAUAGUUAACAUGUUUAAUGAGGCUUCUAUUCUAAGCAUUCGCUACGGAAAAAAAAGCAUUGAUCAAGAAAUGAUUUUCGAGGCCUAUGAUCGGGUCCUGAUGGGUCCUUCUUUAACUAGCCUAACUAUUACUCCGGAAAAGAAAAGAAUAAUAGCUUUUCAUGAAGCUGGACAUGCUAUCAUUGGUCUAAGCCUUCCCGAAACAAUCGUUAAAAAGAUUACUAUUAUCCCUCGCUUGUCAGCUGGAGGGGGUAGAGCCAGUGAAGAAAUAGUUUUUGGUCUAGAUUACAUCACCAUGGGAGCUUACGAUGAUUUCAAAAAAGCAAGUAGUAUUAUCCGAGAAUUAAUUUUGCAUUAUGGGAUGUCUGAUUUAGGAAUUAUUCCUACGCAAGAAUCUUUUUUUUUUGGUGAAGAAGUUCCUCCUGAGUUACCUGAAACAACUAAGCAAAAAAUUGAAAAUGAAAGGGAAAAAAUACUCAAUCAGUGUUGA